AUGUUCACCAUAAGUUUCUACCAGCUUCAGCGGCUUUUUUCUUUUGUUGAAAUAAGAAAAGCAACAAAUGCGGCAAAUGCGACUUACUUGGAACGAAAAAUCUCCACUUUUAAAUUGACAAAAUCAUGCCGUAAAUGCAAUUUAUUUGGAACGAAACUCGAUAUAUCCACUAAGGUAAAUAACUAUGACGCUAUUAUUUUGGCAGAAUGUAACUUGUGUAUUUUUGAAGGUUAAUAUCCAUAGAAGAAUAUGACAUAGAUGCCAAAUCAUAGAAUUGUAUACAUAUCUUAUAUAUACAAUUAAUUUUGUGUUUUUUCAGUAGCAUCGUCAAAGUAACAAACUUUUAACAAGGAACUAA